UAUUAGCAGACGACCCGCAAUGUUUACGAUUCUGCCAUGAUAAAUAUCAGACCGUACAAAGUCCGAUGAUGUUGAUGUAGCUGUCAGUGCAAAGCUCCACCAAACAGAGCGCCGCAAUGUCAGUGUUUCUCACUGUGACAGUUUCGAUCGGCUUUUUCUCCGCCAUCAUCUACGCUGCCAUCAAGUUGGCCCAGAGUGUAAUCCGCUUCAGACGAUACGCUGAUGCUGUUAAUAAGUUUCCACAGAGCAAGAAAAAUCCGAUAUGGGGACAUCUUGGUGAUUUUCCUGGACCCAAUGAAGAAGGUUUAAAGUUCCAGCGUGAAAUGACAGCACAGUUCCCUACAUGCUCACUGGCCUGGUUGGGUCCGUUUCUUAGCAUGCUGAUCGUCAACCAUCCAGACACUGUGAAAUCCAUCUUGAAAACAUCAGAGCCGAAAGCCUCCCAGAUCUACAACCUGAUUCGUCCAUGGGUUGGUGAUGGCUUACUACUGAGCAAGGGAAGCAAGUGGGCGAGAAACAGACGCAUGUUGACGCCAGCCUUCCACUUUGACAUCCUCAGACCUUACAUCAAUGUGAAAAACAGGGCUGCAGACAUCCUUCUGAGCAAGAUACAAAGAUUCUCAGAGCAGGACAAGUAUUUUGAAGUAUUCACGGAGGUCAGUCUGUUCACGCUGGACGUCAUCUUGAAAUGUGCCUUCUCUUAUGACACAGACUGUCAGAACAUCGGAACGAAUCAUCCCUAUGUGAACGCAGUGAACACACUGUCCCACCUGGCCACAGACAGAUUUUUCAAGCCAUGGCUGCACAAUAAGUGGGUGUACAUGCUGACACCUGCCGGCCGCCAGUUCCGGAAGUGUUGUGACCUGGUCCACACCGUGGCGGAGGACAUCAUUGAAAACAGGAGGAGAGCCUUGCUGUCCCACUCGGUGGAGCAGGAUGUGGUCAAGAGGCGGCGCUGCAUGGACUUCCUGGACCUCCUGCUGACUGCCAGGGACGAUGAUGGGGAGGGGCUGACCCCACAGGAGAUCCGCGAUGAGACGGACACCUUCCUGUUUGAAGGUCACGACACCACCGCUAGCGCCCUCUCCUGGGCACUGUACUCACUAGCCGAACACCAGGAGUGCCAGGAGGCAGUCUACAGAGAGGUCGACGACCUCAUGUCCCGCAAGCAAAACACCGAUAUCGAGAUGGAGGAUCUACCACAGCUGCCCUUCCUGACAAUGUGUCUGAAGGAGAGUCUCCGACUUCACACUCCGGUGCCCUUCAUACAAAGGGAGAUAACCCAGGACAUGCAUGUUGAUGGCCAGGAGGUGCCCAAGGGGACUAUCGUCAGUGUAGUCAUCUACAACCUGCACCAUAACCCUACAGUCUGGCCCAACUCGCUGGAGUUCCAGCCAGAGAGGUUUGCACCUGAAAAUGUUGAGAGUCGAGACCCCUACUGCUUCGUACCUUUCUCCGCUGGGCCAAGGAACUGUAUCGGCCAGAACUUUGCCAUGCAUGAGCUGAAGAUUGCCCUUGCUAGGGUGAUACACAGAUUCCGCCUGGAGUUGGACAAGAACCAUACCGUGAGGAAGAAGGAGGACCUGGUGAUGAGAGCCGAGAACGGAAUCCGGAUGAAAGCCACGCCCAGGGUCAAGGUCACUUAAGCCUAAAACAUGUUGUCAGUCAAGGUUUUGUUUAUCUUACAUAUUCCUUGAUUGCUUGUACUUAAAGGGGGUCUGUGCUCCCGAGUCAGACGCCCACACUGGAGCUGGGCUUGACAUUAUAAAUAGUGAGUGAAACUGUGACAUUGACUAUGUGUAAAUGGAUGUACAUCCCAUAAUGUAAUUAACAAAGUCAGGUUGGAAUUACCUGCUCAUGCUGGGGCUGCCAAUUUGCCCCUGCCUUGUCUCCCUUUACGGAUUUAAUCAUGGAAGUAAUUGUGUUGAAUCAGACCAAUUCCAGUAUAGAUCUGAUACUGAUAUAUAGAAUACUAAGAACAAAUCCUAUCUGGGCUUGGUUUUAUUGUCAUCCUGAAUGUAUUAUUAUUGUUAGUGCCAUACAGCAGGGAGGAAAUCUGUCCUUUAAAGACCAGGCUACCCAUCAGAGCAUAUGAUAUGGCUGGGAUAUUUCCGACAGCUGCAUUUAACACCAAUCACUUCACUCUUGCCAAACAUAAGAGUUAUCUCUGCUAGUCAUUAUAAUGUGAACAAACGGCAGCUCCUUAAUUUUUCUGAGUGUUUUUGCGGCAAGGCUAAAGCUAGGAUAAAUACAGAUAUAUAUUACGAGUGUGUUUUCGAAGAAAACAUGUCAUAUAUCAGGAAUAAAAAUUGCCAGUCUUCCAUGAUAUAUCUACUUUUAUUUAAUAUAUGAUAUUUACGAUUCAAAAGCACGCUUGUUUUGACCAGGAUAUGUAACAUGGUAAGACUAUGAAGAUCCGGGGUAUAAUACGUCUUCAGCAACCCAUGCUUGCCAUAAAAGAGUGGUCAGGCUCGCUGAUUUGGUUGAUGCAUGUUAUCGAUCCCAUUUGCGUGGAUCGAUGCACAUAUUGUCAAUCACUGGAUUGUCUGGUCCAGACUCGAUUAUUUACAGACCACCGUCAUAUAGCUGGAAUAUUGCUGAGUGCGGCGUUAAACAACAACCAACCAACCAACCAACCUUCACCCAUGUGUACGUCCUUCUGUUGGCAACCAGGGAGAAACUACCAGGUGCCCUGACCAAUGAGUGCCCAGAUUACAGCGACAGUACUUCCGUGCAUGGCCUUAUGGUCAAUUGCUCCACAGGUUACUUCAACUUAGGGUAAUCGAAGGCUUUGCUCAACAUUCACUGCCUCAUAUCAUUAGUUGGCUAGUGUGAGUAUGGUUUUACGCCGCUUUUAGCAAUAUUCCAGCAAUAUCACGGCGGGGGACACCUGAAAUGGGCUUCACACUUUGUACCCAUGUCGGGAAUCGAACCCGGGUCUUCUGCGUGACGAGCGAACGCUUUAACCACUAGGCUACCCGACCGCCCCCAUUAGGUGGCUAACACAGACACAAUUAUGUCCAUGUUUGUUUUAUUUUGUUUUUGUUUAACGCCGCACUCCAGUCAAUGACAGCGGUCUGUAAAUAAUAUUCUGGACAAAACAUUUCAGUGAUUGACAUAAAGAGCAUCGAUGUACGUAAUUGGGAU